AUUCGCCGAUGCGGGCCUCCCUGCCGGCUGCCUGAACAUCGUCUCCUGCCGCCCUGCCGACGCGCCCGCUGUCGUCAACGCUAUGAUUGCGCAUCCUGCUGUACGCAAGAUCAACUUCACAGGCAGCAUCUCGGUCGGGCGUCGCAUCGCAAAGGAAGCGGGGAUGCAGCUAAAGCCCUGCCUGAUGGAGCUAGGCGGGAAGAACAGCGCCAUUGUAUGCGAAGAUGCUAACCUCGACAUCGCCGUGCAAUCCGUCAUCGCAGGGGCCUUCUUAAACUCCGGUCAAAUCUGCAUGUCCACCGACCGCAUAAUCCUCCACUCCGCCAUCGCCCCCGCGUUCCUCGCAGCCCUCAAAUCAGCGCUCUCCUCCGCCCCGCCAUCUGACGCCCCCACCCUCGUCUCCGCGGCCUCAAAAGCACGCGUCCAAGCCCUUGUCACGUCCUCCCUCGCCGCCGGCGCGCACCUCAUCCACGGCUCCGUCGACGCCGCCGAAUCGGACGAAAAGGCAUCGAGCAUACGCCUCGCACCUGUCGUCGUCGGCGGCGCAGGUGACGAGGAUCCCCUCUGGCUAGAGGAAUUGUUCGCGUCGCUCGCGGCGUGCAGAGUGGUGUCGUCUGACGAGGAGGCGGUGGAGGUCGCGAACAGUGGGGGCUAUGGGCUUUCGGCUGCUGUGUUCACUGAGGACUUGAGGAGGGGGUUUAAGCUUGCGAAGAAGCUGGAAUCGGGGUGAGUAUUGUCCUUGGGGAGGUGUGAGUGAGUGGGUGGGUGUAUACUGUGCAUAUUAAUAGCAUGACGGUGCAUGAUGAGCCGGUGUUGCCGCAUGGGGGCGUGAGGAAUAGCGGAUGGGGCAGGUUCAAUGCGGCGCAGGGGCUGGAGGAGUUUCUGCUUACCAAGACUGUGACGUGGAAGGAUUAGGGGUGUGCAUAACGCGCAGCGUUAGCUGGGGCUGGCUGUAGCUGGCCUGAGGAUGUAGGAGUGAUGUGUAUGGACAAGACUUAGAGGUGUAGGCCUAUGCUUUAUAAAAUAAAGCAUAUGCCUACACCUCUAAGUCUUCAAAACAUCGCGGAUAUAAAACCAACCCUGAAUCUGUUCGUCUCUACUUAAAAGAAGAUGUUUCAAAACUAG